UGCUUUCGAGUGCGACGCGAGGAUGGAGCUUGGACGGGGACUAAGAGCAGCUGCCGCUGCCGCCGGGCCAUGAGCAGUUGUGGCGAUUCCCUGGCUGCUGCUUUCGACUUCCCCGCCUCGUCGGCCCUGUGGGAUGCCUGGUAGAAAAGAGGAUGAGAAAAAGCAGGCUGUACCGGACGAUCCUGGCCACUUGUCUAGGCUCUUUGCUCCUGGUGGUUUUCUACUUCCAGAGCAGCCUGAACCCAGCUGCGGAGGACAGGAUUCUGCAGACCAGCUGGCAUGGCAAGUCUGGUCGAAGUCCUCUUCAGACUCUAUACGAAAUUGACAAGUUUGAGCUGUCAUCCCUGCAAGCUACUCACCAACAGAGGCGGGAUCUGCUAAGCAGUGUCUGUAACCGCUACACCCGUAAGCGGCGCCUCCUGACUUCCGAUGACUUGCGCCACUUGGUGGUCGAUGAUGUUAAUGGGCUACUGUAUUGCUAUGUCCCCAAGGUGGCCUGCACUAACUGGAAACGAGUCAUGAUGGUCUUGACAGGGCAUGGCAAGUACCAAGACCCUUUGGAUAUCCCAGCUAAUGAGGCUCAUGUAUCAUCCAACCUGCGCACUCUCUCUGAGUACAGCACUCCUGAGAUCAACUAUCGUUUGCGUAACUACCUCAAGUUCAUCUUUGUGCGGGAACCUCUUGAACGGCUUGUCUCGGCCUAUCGCAACAAGUUCACUCGUAGUUACAACACGGCUUUUCACAAGCGAUAUGGGACAAAGAUCAUUCAGCGUCAUCGGCAGGACCCUAGCGAUGAGGCCAUGGAGCGUGGCCACGAUGUACGUUUUGAGGAGUUUGUGUACUAUUUGCUGGAUCCACAGACCCAGCAUGAGGAGCCUUUCAAUGAGCACUGGGAGCGGGUACACUCCCUUUGCCACCCCUGCAUCAUCCACUAUGAUGUAAUAGGCAAGUACGAGACAUUGGCCGAGGAUGCCGACUACAUCCUGCAACUGGUUGGGGCUGACGCAGGCGUCAAAUUCCCAUCCUCCUCCAAGACCACCAGGACCAAUGACGACAUCACAGCUAAGUUCUUCCAGAACGUUAGCCCUUUUUACCAAAGGAGACUAUUUAAUUUAUACAAAAUGGAUUAUUUGCUCUUCAACUACUCCAUCCCUUCUUAUUUACGCAUCCGGUGAGGCUGGUGGCAAGCGACCCUGCCCUCUCUCUCCAUUCUGGACUUCUACUGUUAGCAAAAAUAAGAGCUGCUUAUCCAUUACCAUUCUUGGUGUUGUGGGCAAUAUGGUAUGACUCCAGUUUGUUAACACUGCAGCCACAGUUCUAUCUCUUUCUCUUCAUUUUCCAAGUAAAAGAAACUAUUAUUGUUCAGUUGUACUUCCUCCUAUCAACCAAAGAAAGUUGUUUCCAGAAUGUACCAGAAUCAUGGCCUAUUGCCAUGAGGUGGGGUGGGCAGUCAGUUGGGAACAAUCUGAAAAGCAAUACAAAAUACGUAUUUUUAUGUGUUUAAAAUUCUCUCAGACCUCUUUCUUGUACUGAACGUGAACCACCAAAAUGUGUAUUAUUGUGAACAAUGUCCUAGUAUGAACAAGAACUUCCUGUCAGACAAAACGUAUUUUAUCUCUUUCACUCUCUCUCUCAGUGGGCAUUUGAUAGAAUGGGGCACCCCCUUAGGGCUCACUCCCUGGCAAAUUCCAUUGAUGUGACUAGAAAUUCCACUGGAGCAUUGCUUAGUAGAUUGCCUGCUUGUCAUCUGUGUGUGUACAUGUGCUUGUGUGCAUCAUUGUCCUGAUCAAGAAUAACAACAAAUGAUUUUCUUCAAUCCUUUUUAAAGUACACACCUUGGAUUUAUGUGUAGUUGUUUUGGUCCCUGUAAAACAAGAAACCACAAUGUGGGCUUUAAGCUCCACAUCAAGGUUAUUUUUAAAUGUUGGGGUGGGCUGGGUAACGUGACUUCAAAAACACCUGCAAACAAAGGGUCAUAAAUUUUCUGCAUUACCAGCCUGGGGAAAUCCUCUGAAGCACUCAGUAUCUUUGGAUCCCACCAUCCUCCAACCCUGCAGAUGGGAUCUCUGUUCUCUAAGCAAGAGGCAUAGGGGACACAAUGCACAGCUCACAGAUCCAGGAUGGCUUUUGUUUCUGAAAAUUUGCACUUGCAGCUUAUCAUUUGUUUGCUUUCCCUCAUAUAACCUCCAGAGGAUUGGGGGGGAACACCUCCAGGGAGAGAGCUGCUAUCACUCAUUUUCAUUGUAAUCUCUGCUGUGCUCCUUUCCAUUGUUUCCUUUGGUAGGAGAUAUUCUUUCCUCCAGAUUAUAUUCAUGUAAACAGCAUUUGGAAAGAGCCAGGCUACUAGCUCUCAUCUGGAGAGAAGGGAUUGCAGACCUAGGAAAAGAGUAGGUUCUUCUGGCAUUCUAGCAGCAUCUGGUAGCGAUAGAGCACAGCACUUUGAACAGAGCUGUCCAGCUCUGUUUGUGCCUUACACCGGGAUGACCCUCCCUUCCAUUAAACUUGAAUUAUUCCCUUGCCUAGUAGGAUGUUGUCACACAAGAAGAGCCAUGCUGUAUCAAAUCAGUGGUCCCAUCUAGUCCAGCAUCCUGUUUCACACAGCAAGCAACCAGUUGCCCUGGAGGGCCAAAAAAAAAAGGCCCCAGAGGCCUAGGCUUUCACCUGAUGUUGCCUUCUAGCAUGGAGCUUCAGAGGUUUAUUGCCUCUGAAUAUAGAGGUUCCCUUUAUGAAUCAUGGCAAGAAUCCUUUGAUUGACCUAUCUAUGCAUCUGUCUAACCCCCUUUUAAAGCCAGUCAUUGCUUCCUAUCCAAGGAAGCUACCAUCUCGUUUAUGGGCCAAAUCUGUCUCCAGGCAUGUUGAUUUAUUUCUUGAGAAGCACUUUGGAAUCCUGGGGAAGAGAAUGCACUCUAAGAAAUGGGAAAAUAGAAAACCGUAAGCAGUGAUUAUGUGGGAUUUGGAGGAGUGUGUCAAAAUGGACAAGGAGCCUGGGCGUGGAAAAAGACUUGCUGGCAAGCCCAUGCCAGUCUGCCGAGAUUCCAGCAAUUGUACUUGAAGUGUCAGUCUUGGAACUGUAAAUUUAAAUUGGUCCAAAUGGACAGUUUUGCUUCAAUAAAGCCUGUCUCUGCCCUCCUGCA